AUUUGGACCGGGUUUUGCGUAAAAAAAGGUCGGAGUUUUAGGUAUAGGGUAACUCGACCCCCAUCCCAUAUUUAUAGUCAAGUCCAAAAAUGGUGGUUUUUCGUAGACUUCCUUUUUACCCUUAAAUUUAAAUUUUGAGUAGAAUUUUGUGUCAAAAAACGUUGGGUUUUGGGUAUCGUGUAUUUCAACCCACCCCUCCCAUCCCUGAUUCAUAGUCAAGGUCAAAAAUGAUGGUUUUUGUAGACUUCCUUUUACCUUAUAAUUUAAAUUUCUUCUAAUUUUCAAGUUCGUUCACAUAUGCUACGUUCACACAAUGCAGAUACAAGUUUAGAACCCCUUAGCAGUUUAGAAGAAAAUAUUGAAGAAAUUGAAAAUAUUUGGAAACAAUGCUUUCCCCACAAAGAUUUUAAAGCUGGUGGAGGGGAAAAAGCUUUGAUGGUUUUGGAAAAUGAUAAAAAUUUUUUGGAUGAAGCUAAAGUUAGAUGUAAAGAAUGUUGGCAGGAAAUGAAAACUGAGGAUAGACAGAUCCACGUCUACCGCCACCAUUUACGAGAACCUCGUCUAUAUGAGUGCCCAAUUUGUGAUUUUUCUCAUUAUGCAUGUUCCUCUGAUGUUCGAAAUCAUAUUUUGAGAGCACACAAGAAUCAAUCUGAAAUGAUGCCUAGAGCAAAUUUGCUGAAAUUUUCUAAAGAAAUUGCUGAAUGGAAUGAACGUUGCUUUCCUGGAUGGUGUGAAAAAAAAUUGAUAAAUCGCCGACUUCCAGCUAGUUUAAUUGAGGAUUUCAACAGUUGCCGUCUUUGUGGAAUGGAUGUUAGACAAACUUCUAGGCACAUUGCUGAACAACAUUUACAUAUACCUCUACAUCAAUGCCCACUUUGUGAAUAUGGCGCUGCCGAAGCCAGACUAGUUCAGAGACAUAUGCGAAAUAAUCAUACGUUAACGGAAUGCGAGGGACUAGAACCAAUCGCCAACGUUGAAAAACGUCGAAGUGAAUUUUCUGAAUUACACAAUCAAUGCUUUCCUGGAAGGCCUAAACGUUUAUCUAAUAUUACGAUUGCUGAUGAAAGCAGAAGGGCAAAGUGUAGAGGCUGUGGAAUGACUAUAAGUAAAAAGCGUCGUUUAAUUCAUUUAUUGGAAAAACAUUUAAAAAAGCCAAUAUAUAAAUGUAAAUAUUGUUUAUUCUCUUCAACACAUGAACGUCUAGCUGUUGAAGCACACCAAAAAGAAAAACAUUUAAAGCAACAAAUAAAUAUUAUUUCAAAUUUGAAUAAACACAAAAAUGAAAUGAAGAGAUUGGCACAAGAAUGUUUUAAUGAAUUUAAUUUAAAACUUGAAGAUUAGAAGAGGAAAAGAAUUUUUUUUGGAAAAUUUGAGAAAAAAAUUUUUGUCCGCAAAAAUUUUUGCGGACAGAAAAUUUUGUCCGCAAAUUUGAUCCGCAAAAAAAAAGUUUUUUGUCCGCAAAAAAAAUUUUUUUCCUCAUUUUUUCUCCUUAUUAUCAAGCAAGUCCUUUAUUUUAUUAACCCCAUAUACAGUUGAACCUCUUUAUAAUAUACUCCCAAUACUAGACACACCUCGCUUUAAUACGCCCCUCGAUAUCAAUCUUAAAUACACCUCUAUUUGGGCUGGUAGUUGAUUUGAUUAAAAGAUAUUUUCCCUUAUUACAAUCUUUUUUAGUCACAAGAGUUGAGGUCCCCAACUGUAUCUCAUCUAAAAAAUAUUGCCAAAAAAAGAAAAAGGAAUUUUUAUUUUUAAGCCUUAAAAUGUGCUGUAUCAAACUUGUUUUUUUCUCAAC